AUCUCUUCUACUGCUUCGUCAUUCUCUCUCCAAAACUAACUUCCUUUGCCUACCUUCAUUUAUAGAUUCAUCACUGCUUCAUCGGAGAAGACAAAUAGCUUAACGAGGCUUGGUCUACCGUGAAUUAUGUGUUCGUUGGUUGCUGAAUCUCGAUCAAUUGAAACUGAAAUUGAAACUGAAAUUCGAUCAAUUUCUGCUCUGUUCUUGUCCGUCCUGGAGGUUGUUCGCAUCGCUACUGCUGUUCGCUGGAUUCUUGUCAACUAAAUCCGUUACACCCUCAAAAUAAAGGAGAAAAUGAAAGCAAUAGAGUCACAAGAACAUCAAGGUUCAAACUACAAAGAUGCUUAUAGUGAAGUGAUAAAUAAACCAGAGCAUAGUGGACGUGUGCGAAUGUAUGGAAAAGGUGUGACAAAAACUUCUCUAAGGAAAGUGAGCACUAACUCGAGCUACAUAUUUCCUCCCGAGUUCUUACACAACAUGCAAUCGCAAGUUAUGGAUCAAGUACUUCAAGCUAAUCCCCAACUACAGAAACUACUUGAAGCCAAUCCCGAGGUCAAUAUUGUGCUUCCAGAUCUAUCAAAAAUAGGAAGUAAUACUACAACUCCACCUAUUGAGUCAAAUGGACAAUCUUCUGUUGGAGCGCACUCUACCAAUCGAUUAGCACUUGAUGGAGCUAAUGAAGAAGAGGAAUUAUAUCAAAGUUGAAGUUCUUUGUUGAUGAUGAAGUCCUUUUGCAAUGUUGCAUGUAUCAAAACCGCUAAUUGAACUAAUUAGAGUUGGUGCUUUAUUUUGUAUUAGAGUUGAUGAAUUAUAUCAAAGUUAUAUAUAUUGGUGCUUUAUUUUGUAUUAGAGUUGAUGAAUUAUAUCAAAGUUAAUUAUAUAUAUAUAUGUAUAUAAUUUAUAGCUUUAUCAAGGCGUUGCAAUAGAGAGCCAUUACCAUCGCCAUAGACCCAUUGGAACGGAUAAAACAUGG